AUGAAAUCCAUAUUUAUGGAUUCGCAACUAAGAAAAGAUUUGAAAUUCAAUAGUGAGAUGAACCGCUUAAUGGAAUUAUUGUUUUAUUUUAUCGCUCAUCGAAAUGCGGAUUUGCGGCUGAUUUGUGAACAAACGCUCGAUUGUAUUUUGCACUUUAUGAUCGUGGAAUUUAAUAGUUCACGAGCUAUUCUCAUAUUGAUGUCUGAAAUAAAACGAAAUGGUCGAGCGCGUUCACUUGUUGCAGCAAUUGUACGUUUUGCAGAUAUCAUUAGAUACGUAAAAGGCAAUCGUAUAAGAGCGAUUAGUAUUCAUUUCAUUUCUGCGUUAUUAUCGAUUAUUAAAAGACCGGAGGAAAUGGUGCAAAGUGUUUUAGAACGCUGUAUUCCGACAAUUUUUCAGUUUUUUAGUCGCGAAUCAAAUGUUCAAGUCAGUGAUGAUGCACGACAACUUCUUCAACUAGCUUUGGUUAAUCUUGAACUGUGUGGGACAGCAAAUCGAGCAGCAGUGAUGAUUAUUUGGCAGUUAUCAGUUUGGUUUUGCGAUAUCAGAAAGAUGGCUUUGCAGAAUUUCUGUAAAACAUUAGCAUCGGCUCAUGAUCAUGAUGGAAGAAAUAUUCUAGUGGGAACGCUGAAUUCACUUCGUUAUUUAUGGCCGCAGUUUGCAUUAAGCAGCGAUAAAGAUGAAUGCAAGAAAUACCAAUGUAUAAUUUAUAAUGUUUUACGUUGCUUAUAUUCCCGUCAUAAUGACGUUAUUAUUGCUUCGCUUGAAUUGUUCGAGCGUAUUGUUUCUACAUCAUUUCCAAAUGUUAUGAAUUCCCAAUUUUUCCCUCAAUAUUUCGCAGCAACUUUUCUGGAAACAGAGGAAUAUAACGCUAAAAUUUCUGUUUCACCGCAAUUACGAUUGCAAGAAGUUCCAAGUAAUAUAAGUUCCGUGAGAACAAGUCCAACCGAUUCUUUAUUCGGUGAUUCCUCAAACCUAAAAGAUUUAAAUGAUUCAUUUGUUGAAAUUUAUUCGGAUAUUGAGAGUAGGAAUUCAGAAAUGGCGAAUGAACUGAACACAGAGGAUGAAAUAAUUGAUCCACUGCGUCACGAUAUAGAUUCAACCGAAAUAGUUUCAAGUGAUGUGAAGCAAAAUUUUCUGGAAUUAUCUUUCAGCACUUCUAGUCCUCAAUCAUUUGUGACUUCCAUACCAUACUCUUUGACUGCCGAAUUUUCGUCGAAUGCUGUAUAUGAAUAUGCAUCAGUAUUAAUUGCUCGUCGAUUUCUCUUAGCGAACCAGUGUUUUCAACUUAUAACUGAUCAAGAUGUUCGUGUUAGUCAUAAGAUUCUAGCUAUGGCAUGUAUGUCGCAUUUAGCCCUUUAUUUGCCAGAAUUUCUCGAAAUACCUCUAAAUUUAAGAGGUGGUUUAGGAGUUCAGCAGUUGAAAGAUAUUCAGUUAUUUCUUACUCAUGAGGAUGACCAGCUUAAAGCUGCAACAAUCACGGUUAUUGUUAAUGCUGCUCAAUCAGCUUUUCGGUAUUUGGGACAUCGUUUCAUAGGUCUGUAA